ACGUCUUCAACACGUCAAGACCCCCAUCACUAAAAAAUGUAGCACGAUUGUCAUCUUCCUCGCUACAAGAGUUUGCCAAAAAUCUCAGACAUUGCUUGUAAAUACCUUCAUGUAGCGAAAUGUCUCUUAACUUAUUCAAUGCCUUUGGAAUAUACUUUCGAAAUUGAGGGCGUUCAUUGGGAUUCUUUGAUUGAUCUGCUAACGUUUGAAAGAACUGUGCAUCAUCACCAGUCGUCAUUCUUUUAGUAAGGUAGUUCUCAAACUCUAAUUACUCUAAUUUCAAUUUUCUGACUGGACUUUCCAAAACAGCUAAGCGAUUCCUUUCUGUUCUUUAUUGUUAAAAUAAAUAAAAAAUUCCCUUCAAAUAUCCUUUCUGGUCAAGCCAGACCCUCACGUCUACACCUUUUAUGUUGGUUGAUGAUGGAAACGAAUCGACAACUGAUGGAAGGGUUAAGCAUUCCCUCCUUCUGGCGCAUUAAAUUGCUUUACAUAAUUUAGUGUCGCUUUGAAAUUUAUUUACUACAAAUUAUACUUAUAUUUUAUAAUAGAGGUGAAAAUUAUGAGAGUUUAGACAUAUAUAAUAUAUAUAUACAGUACAGAAUAUCCACAAAUGCAAGUUCGUCUGAAUCCUAAUUGUUCACUCUAAGUAGGACGAAAAAAAAAGACCUGAAUAGAACUCUCAAUUAUAUAUUUAAAAAUGAGUAUGGAAUCUCGUCGUGGACGCCCUCCUACUCGGAGACAGCAUCUAUUCACAAAAGACUUAAAAUCUCUUAUGUAUGCUUUUGGAGAUGAUAUAAAUCCUGCUGCCGACAGUGUAAAUGUCUUGGAAGAAAUUGUCGUUGAUUAUAUAAAUGAAAUGUGUCUUGAAGCGGCUCGCAUAGCUGGCAAUCGCAACAAAGUAAAAGUGGAUGACUUUAAAUUUGCUCUUCGAAACGAUCCUAAAAAGCUUGGCCGUGUUGAAGAAUUACUGGUUCUUCAGAAGAUGAUUGCAGAUACGAGAAAUGUUAUGAAGUACAACAAAGACCAUUUUUAAAUCUCAACAUUUUUACCUGAUACUACGCAGAGUUGGCAUGUCAUACUUUUUUCUAGAUACUUCCUUGUCUGAUUUUCCUUUUGUUUCGCUUAAGUUUUCUGUAUAAUAUGUUCAACUCUUACAAAACGUUUCAAUUCAGCCAAGUGCUCCGAAUAUGUUCCUCUUUUUGUAUAUAUAGUUUAAAUUAAUAUUUAUGGACUAAAUGAAUACUUUUAUAUUAGAAUAUAAAGAAGAAAUAUAGUUGGUGAUGAG